CGCCGCGCGCGACUGCAAAAUUUGGCUUAGAUGUUCGCAGGCAGCGCAGGCUGUCUGCGGAAUGUAUUUCUAUACCUAGCCUGAGGGGUGGUUCAGGACCCCUUUAAUCACUGUGGCUUUGAAUGUCAUUUCGGUACCUUAUUUCAACCAAUUUGAAGCUAUCCGCAAGAACGACGCUUCUUCUCCAUUUCAGACCUGUUUAACCUAUCGAGGGCUCCCGUUCCAGCCGUGCCGGAGUACGGGGACGACUUCGUCGCGAACAUGAUCAUGCUUUCACGUUCCGGAGUAGCCGUGGGACGUGACGAGUUGGCCCACAUCGCGACGAUGGCAGAGGAAAGCGCCGGCUCGCACGGACUGUGCGGGAGCAACGAUACGUCGGCGGUCGACGUGGCGUUGGGUGGCCGGGAAUUCGUGAACCACCUGCUGCCGGACGUAUACUACAGCGACUCGAACCGCAAGGUCCUCAACUACGGCAGCCUGGGAACGCUCCUGGCCGGCGAAGUGUUCGACGCGCUUUCUUCGCGAGUGGACCUGGCAACCCCCGCGAGCUGCUUGGCCCGCUACGUGAGCGCCAACAUGGGAGUCACGCUUGGCGAGGUUGAGCGGGUGACCGUGCUGAGGACAGCGUGGGUGCUCGAUACUGCGCACAAGGCGGCCACGCUUCGGGAGCCGGACGUCGCCCACAACGCGCUCGCGACGAGGCUCUUCGUCAUGCGUUUCUUGCGCACGCUGUGCGGCGAGCCAGAGGACGCGGCCAGGCUCUCUCGGUUGGCCCUCGCGACGCUGCCCAUCUACUCGCUGGCGUUCAACUGCUCCAAACCCUCGGCGCCUGCGCUCUGUUGA